UCCUUUAGAAGAGUUCACGUUCAGAAAUCGCUGUUACUUUUCCUAGCCAUACAAGUAAAAGUGAAAAUCUCACUUCUGCCUUUUCCAUUCUCCUCCCUGUGCUCAACAGUUUAAAAAAAAAAAAAAAAAAAAAAGACACAAGUGAUAAUUCCACUCUUGCUUUUUCGGAAGGUUUCUCAGUCUGGGCUGUUUUCGUAUUGACUCACUUCGAGAUCGCUGUGUUUCAGUGCUGAAUUCAGAAGGUUUGUGAGUGCAGCCUGUAACUGCCUGCCGUUUGGAAGGUUACCUCUCUGCAUCCGCUAUCAACCUGCGUCGUGAGUAAACACUUCCUUGUUUGGAAAUUUAGGUGGAUUUUUAUUUUAACCAAUAUCUUGUUUUCCUGACAGGAUGGUGUUUAGACGUACCAAGGUUCUGAUAACUGCCUUCUAGAUCCUUUCUCUUCAUUAAUCCUAUGUGAAUUGUGGUGCUAUAUAGUCACGCGUGAAAGAGACUGACAUUCCCCAAAAAGCCUUCCUGAAAGAGUUGAGAGUACUGCCAACUAUAUGGCUCGAAUAAAAAUACUUCUAGCCUGGACAAACUCAUCAGGUCCAAUAGCAGCAUAAGAUGAAGAUUAAGGUGGUGUAUUUUACUUGGUAUUUGUAGUCAGGUAUCUCAAACCUGGUUAUUACUAAGUAGUUUGGAUCAGAUUUUGUUCUUUAAUUCCUAUUCCAAGAACCAAGGGCUAUACUAUGCUUUCAUUAAAACAUCAAUUUUGUGCUGAUGUGAUGUGCCAAUAAAAAAUGGGAUUUAGAAUUAAAAUCUGACGAUAUAUAAUUUUAUCUUAAUAUAGUGGAUCAUGGUUUCAUUGUCUGUGACAAUUGUAUUUGUUAUAGAUGUGAAAGGAUGAAAAUGAAAAGAAAAUUCAAGACAGAGAGACCCUUCUUUUUUUUCCCCAUAAAAUAUAAUAGUUUGAUUCUCCAUGUACAGAAGAGAACCAAAACCAGGUCUGAGUGCAUGGCCUCUUGGAGUUGCUUGUUGCAGUAUUCAGCACCCAGCUUUCUGCUGUUUUCUAAAUUGGGAUCUGUCUACCAGUCAGUCUGAAAAAAAGGGAUGUGAAAUAGUUCUUUCAUUUUCUUACGGUUAUUUAUGGGAAGAUGGCACACUUGUAAUGAGUUGAGGGGAAAGCAGCUAUAUAUCUUGAUGUAAUUCUGGAGUAUUACUUGAAAUGCAAUAGUCUACUUCAUCCUGCUUGUUUAUAUCACAGCAAGUUUUUGGCAGUAAAUUUCAGACAGGUGUCUUACAAAAGUAAGUAUGUAUCUUCUCAAAUUGCAAAAGUUUUAGGUUGAAAAGACAAAUGGGAUGCUCAAAGAGAUAGCUGUGUGUGAAAAAUCUCUCUUGAGUACAUCAUAUUGUACAUGCAUGUUCAGGUUGAUGAUUAGGUUGAUGACUAAGGGAAUUUGUAUUGGCUGAAAUCAGCAUCUAUGCUUUCUGCUGUGUUAGCAGAACUGAAGCAUGGUCGUAGGACUGGCUCUGCCCUUGUUUGCCCCCAGAUGAAAACAUGAGCAUUCCCAGCUGGUACGUAUUUGCUCAACAGAUUAAAAUGUAAGACAAAAUUAUAGACUUCGCUGUUUUCCAGUGGUUUAAAAAGACACCUGAAUGUCUGAUCUAUCAAUGUUGCGCUAUUCUUCUGGAAAAUAAGGGAAUUUAUUAGCUGUGUUUCUGUAAGGUCUUGCCUUGCAAAUGCCAUACUCUUUGUAGGAAAAAAAAAACACCACAGAACACUGUAUUGGAUUGGAAUCCAAGUGUAGAUGUUCCUCAAAGACUGUCAGUUUAAUCAGGAAUACAAAGGACAUUAAGCAAUCUUGAAAAUGAAGGAAGGAAACCCGUCAUUGUUUUCUGAAUUUGAAAUAAAACCUGCCAAGGAAAACCUAGAUACAUGACUUGAUACAUCAAAAUACCUGUUAUGGUAAAAAUGAGUAACUUUCCAUUUGAAAGGCCCUCUGCAAUAAUGGGCAUUAAUUGUGCUUCUCGCUACGCUCAAAGAAGUCUGUAUCAUUGCACUUGUGAUGAACUGUGAGUAUAUUUUCCUUAGGCUUUCAGUGUGACCAAGAAGAACUCAGUUUCAUUUUUUCUGGAGAAAAAGUGAGAAGUAACUCAAGGAAAUGAAUCUCAUGUUUUUUUUGUUAAUUUUUAUAACUGAAACAGCCACAGAGAAGCUGUGUCCUCUUCGUGCCUCCAUUGAUGUACUAGAAGGGGAGUAUUUUUACCUUUGUUUUCCUGAGUCAAAACUACAACAUUCUUGGAAAGAAGAAUACACAAUAAACUGGUACAAAGAAAGUGCUGGAAGGCAGAAGCGAAUAAAUGAAACACACAGAAUUGUAUCCCAAAUGAAUUUUUUGGAGUUUUGGCCAGCUGAACUUGGUGACUCUGGGAAUUAUUUUGUCACUCAAAGCAGUGGAAAACGAAAUUUCACAAUUCAAAAGUGGACCUUGAAUGUACUUGAAAGAAAUAGAAGCAGCUGUUUCAAUCAAAAUCAUUUAACAACUGAAAUUCAAAAUGCUGGAACUGGUCAUUCAUUGAAAUGCAAUGAUCUGUCUGUCAAUGAAAAUGACAGCAUAACAUGGUAUAAGGACUGUAAGAACUAUGAAGAUGAAAGGGGACGGGAACUGGAUUUUAAAACCUUAUCAGUUCAGCACUCUGGUAUAUAUACCUGCAAAAUUUCCAUCAGUCAUGAAGGAAAGCUAUACCACAGUACCAAUACAAUUAGGCUGGUAGUAGAAGAAGAUGCACCAGAGACUGUAACUUUGGAGAUAGUUGGACGCAAUGAAGAAAUCCAAACAGAAAUAGGUAAAGAAGAGACACUCAACUGCACAGGUUUCUUGGGUUAUUAUAUACAAGAAGAUGCCAACCUCUACUGGUGGUUUAAUGAUACAUUUCCCAAAAAAUGUUCAGGUAUUCCCGAGGCUGAUCCACCAAUAUGUGAAGAAGAUUUAAAAAAAUCACAUUCGGGAAACAAGUUUUAUAUCACAAGGCUUCUACGGAUUAAAAAAGUAAGAGAGGAGGACUUGAAUCACAAUUUCACCUGCACACUGCAAGCCGAUGAAAUAAUGCACAUGAAAGUAGUGAAACUGAAAAAAGGAAAUACCCGAGAUCUGCCUAUGCAUAUAUUUACAACUGGAAUGAUCCUUGCUGUACUGUUUCCAUGUGUUGCUCUGGCUGUGGUAGUUGUCUGUGUGAUUUUCAGAGUAGACUUAGUUCUAUUCUACAGGAACAUAAGCCAAAGAGAUGACACUGCCGGAGAUGGAAAAGAAUAUGACGCUUUUGUAUCUUACCUGAAAGACUGUGUUUCUACUAGUAAAGAAGAGAGAGAAUUUGCUUUGAGGAUAUUACCAAUGAUAUUAGAAGAAAACUUUGGGUACAAGUUAUGUAUAUUUGAGAGAGAUGUAUCUCCUGGAGGAGCUGUUGUUGAUGAUAUCCAUUCAUUCAUUGACAAAAGCCGAAGAUUAAUCAUUAUACUGAGCCAGAACUACAUUUCUGACAGAGUCAUAUAUGAACUUGAGAGUGGACUGCACAAAGCUCUAGUAGAAAGGAAAACGAAGAUUAUAUUAAUUGAAUAUAUGCCUAUUAGUGACUACAAUUUCUUGCCAGAAUCACUGUCUCUUUUGCCAUCAAAGAGGAUAGUGAAAUGGAAAAAAGAUAAAUCUCUUCCCGCGAAUUCCAGAUUUUGGAAGAACCUUCGGUACCUAAUGCCAGCAAAACCUACCAAGUCAAACACCAAAGGACACUGCCUGAAUCUAGAUCGAGGUUCAAAAGGGACUCAACCGUGGGGUGGAGGCUGUGACUUUAAUACAGUCAUAUAGCAAUUUUGGAGAUGGAAUUUGCUGCAGAAAGCUACCAUCUUCAAUAAAUUCAAAUAGAAAACACACACUGCAAUUACUUUUGAGAGACAGUAUUCAUAGCAGUCUGAGAUUUGAGAAGAAUGUAAGAAUCACCACAUUGGCUAGAAUCAUGUUAACUCCAAUACUAAAUUAUAUUCCAAAGGAUGUUUCCUCAGCAGUCUGCAUAAGGAGCUUAACUCUUAUUCCACAACAACUGCAUUGUGUAAACUUCUGGUAUUAUGUUUUCCUACUUAUAGAAUGACAUUGGUUAAACUUGCAUAUUUCUGAUAUUUAGGUGCUUUUGGUUUUGGUAUUUUCUAAGGGUCCUGCUUGGAAGUAAAAACAAAUGGCUCCUACUCUGGAAAGUCUGGCAGAUAGGCCUUGGGCAGCGCUGAGCAGAGAAGUGAAUCAGACUGUAUUCACUGCUGAGCAAUGUGCCAUGGUAAAAGGAGACAAGGGAAAAUAGGACUAUGCAUACAUAAACUAACAUCAGUUCUUAUUGCUCUUAGGUCCCAAAUUGCUGAUUUUAACCAAGGCUUAGAAAUGCCUACUUUCUGUUUGCCACGCUAGAGAAAUGAGGCUACUAGUUAGGCUUUUAUAGACUGUGGUUCUUUUGGUUUUCCUGAUGAUGUUUGUGUCAAUAUAUAUAUAUAUGAAUUGACAUGAUUGUUGUUUUGAGAUCAUUUCAGUGAUUCUUUUAACAUUUUUGUACCAUUUUUUGCACUUAAUAAAAAUUUAUUUCCCUCUCUGUA